UUGGUAAUUCGACAAGAACCUAAGGAGGCCCUCGUCUUGAGCUCAGGCAAAGAGAAAGGCCGCAAACCCGUGGAUCCUCCGCCCAUCGUGCAGCUCAAAGUUAACAGUGACGUAGAGGCCAGUCAGCACUUCCUACAAAGUCCCUACCUGUUUAUGGUUGCGGACCUUUGGAAAGCUGACCGAGACGAGCGCUGUGGAGACCAUGGUGCCAGCAACCUCUAUGGCGGACUUUGCAGCUCGCUGCACCGCCUCAAGGACGUCGAUAACAAGGAUGGCGCCUUCUUCAUCUUUGGGGAUAUCUCGGUCAAACUGACUGGCACCUUCCGACUUCACUUUAGCUUGUACGACCUUCAGACAUCCGAACAUGCAGCAGUCUUUCUCGGCAGCAUCGCGACUCAACCGUUCAAGGUCAUGGCUCCCAAGGACUUCCAAGGCUUGGAGGAAUCAACCUACCUCUCCAGAGCCUUCUCAGAUCAGGGCGUCCGGCUGCGCCUCCGCAAAGAGCCAAGGGCAUUUGCAGGACAGAAGCGCUCAUACUUCGCUGACGGCAUGCCCCCAUCCCAAUCUAAUGUUCCGGGAAGAUCUAGCAGUUCGUUCUACGAAGACGAAGCUCCGCCGGCCAAGCGUUAUCGCGCAGACACAGAAGAU